GCCUUUUUUGGAUCGCCCCUCUCUGGGUUAAUUAUACUUUACCAAUAUGCUCCCAAAUCUGCGCAAAUAUGCCCUCAUAUCUGCGCAUUGCAUAUGUGGCCCAAUCCUUCAGAGACAGUAAACGAACGCCGCAUUAGUCCACCACCAGGGCCAUGACGCAGUAUUAAAAACCCAUUGACCACCUAAUCUCUCGUUGUAAUAUCGCCCUCAUCGUUCGUUGGAAGCCCUCUCGCCCACGAUGCGAUUUAAAUCAGUGGCUCUCAUCGCGGCGGCCGUCUUCAGAUAUACGGCAGACGCGCACUUUUGCGAUGACGAUCUCACCGUCCAGACCGGUGGCGGCGUGGUCCAUGGCACAGUCGACAGCGCAACGCCGGCGGUGCGUCAAUUCCUCGGCAUCCCGUAUGCGCAGCCACCCGUCAAUGACCUACGGUUUGCGCCACCGCAGCCAGCGUUGCCAUUCGGGGAAUUGGAUGCGAAGAAGAUGCCUCCCAGCUGUAUGCAGUACCUCAGUAACCUCGCCAGCAUUAAUACCGACGAGGUCCUCGAGUUUAACCUCGGCGGUUUGAACGGGACCACGGGUCCCAUCAGCGAGGACUGUCUGACCCUUAGCAUUUGGGCGCCGCGCGGCAAGACAAAAAAGCACCUCCCUGUUCUGAUCUUCUUCUAUGGCGGGGCGUUUAUUGCUGGCGGUACUAAUGUGCCGUACCAAUUACCACCGCGGUGGAUACAGCGAACACAGAGCCACAUUGUGGUGUCUUUCAACCACCGGGAUAACCUCUUCGGCUUCCCUAACGCCGCUGGUCUCCCUCUAGAGGAGCAGAAUGUUGGUCUCCUGGACCAACGGCUAGCGAUCGAGUGGGUGCGUGACAAUAUCGCGGCUUUUGGAGGAGACCCGAAACGGAUUGGUAUUUGGGGCCAGAGCUCCGGGGCUGUUGCCAUUGCCUAUUACAGCUACACCUACAGAGACGAUCCCAUCGUGAAUAGCCUCAUCAUGGACUCGGGCAAUGAGUUCAUAGACAUCCUGACGGUAGACCCGGCUCACGGCAACUUCACCUUUGUGGCUUCGCAAUUCGGUUGCGGCAACCUCAGUUCCCCCGAUGAGCUUUCCUGCAUGCGACAAGUUGACGCAUAUGCCAUUGAAGCCUUCAUGCAUACGUACUCCGACGCAGGCAUGGCCCCCCUACUCACCUUCUCCCCCGUCGUGGACAACCGCACCGUCUUCGCAAACUACACCGCCCUCGCCCAGGCCGGAGAGAUAGCCCGGCUUCCCGCGCUGAUCGGCAGCAACGCACAGGACGGCGUGCCGUUUGUGCCGUACAGCCCGAGCGGCGUGGACACGGCCCUCGCAGACCUCACAACGAUGGUCUUCUUCUUCUGCCCGACCUACCAAUCGGCCAAGGCCCGCAUCGCGGCCCACACGGGCCCCGUGUAUCGCUACCUGUACGCGGGCAACUUCACCAACAUCAGCCCGAGGGGAUGGAUGGGCGCGUGGCACGCGGCCGAGAUGCCGCUCGUGUUCGGCACGCACCCGCUGUAUCGCGGCAACUCGACGGCGCUCGAGUACAUGACGAGCCACGCCAUGCAGGACGCGUGGCUUGCCUUUGUGGCGACGGCGGGCGAGAGGCCGUCGAUCGAGGGCUGGGACGCGUGGGACGAGGUUGAUGGCGGCCGGGUGGUCGAGUUUGGGAACGGCGUCCCGGCGAGGCUGAUAGAUACCACGGAGAUGGAGGAGAGCUGCAGCUCGUUGCCGCAGGGGUGAUGUGUAGUGCUCCCUUGAUAUCUGAAUAUGAUGGCCCAUGAGAAGUGCCAAACUAUCUGUUUCACUAAUUAGAGAAAGCCUCCACGCUUGUUUGUCAGCGCGAAAGUGGUGUCAGAUAGAGUAUGGAGAUCGCCACAAUUAGGCUUGUCAUCGCUUCAGAUCAGAAGUGCAUGUCCUGAGAGACGACAUUGGAAUCC